UCCUCACCAAUUGAUCGGCCCAAGCCACAAUUGUCAAACCUGGCUUGUGGCUAACACGACGUCGUUCCACAACUCGGGAGUGUGGACAGCAUAUUACCAUUACCCCUUUCUUCAUUUAUCCCAACUACUCUUCAAUCCCCCUUUGAUUCUUUCAUCACUUUUCUUCUUAUCUAAUAACAUUAGAUCUCAUACGUGUUCUAAGGGCAUCCUGCUGUCAAAAGAUGAAUUUUUUCUGUAGGAGUAUGGCUGACGAGUCUGCGCCAUCACAGCAUGAUAUUGUUCGAUGCCCAUUUUUGCGCAAUAUUAAUGAACCGACUAACUUCUCAUUUUCUUCAUCCAUGGCUUUCCCAUUGCCCGCCCGUGGAACCAAAGGUCCUAUAUUCGAGGACGGUCCCAAUUUUGAUAUGGCAUUUAGGCUUUUCCAUGGACAAAAUGGUGUUGUCCCGCUUUCCGAGGGAACAUUGCAAUUUCCCCAAAAAGUGAAGCCCGAACAAGUGUCACAACAGUUUAACCCGUUAGCAGCAAAGGCUGCAACUAUUAGUCUUUCGAGUUUAGGAGGGUCCUUCGGUUUCGACGCGUUCAAUGAGAUGUUUAAGAAUCAUCAAAAGAAGAACAAGAAAAACUCUUCUCAGAAAGGAGACUCGAAUCACGAGGCAACGGGUGAGGAGUGGCUGAAAAGUGGGAACUGUCCUAUUGCCAAGUCAUAUAGAGCAGUGAGUAACGUUCUACCGCUUGUGACCAAGGCAUUCAAACCGCCAUCAAACUUUAAAUACCAGUGCCCGCCGGCAAUCGUGGCGGCCCGGGCGGCUCUAGCACGAACCGCCUUUGCAAAGAAUCUCAGACCGCAACCCCUGCCUGCAAAGAUACUGGCGAUCGGGGUACUGGGCAUGGCGGCUAAUGUCCCAUUAGGGAUAUGGCGGGAACACACUAAAAAAUUCUCACCGUCUUGGUUUGUAGCCGUUCAUGCAGCGGUUCCUUUUAUAGCGAUGCUCAGAAAGUCGGUUUUGAUGCCAAAACACGCCAUGGCAUUCACAAUUGCAGCCUCUGUUCUGGGACAGGUUAUUGGAUCUAGAGCUGAGCGGUACCGCCUCAAAGCUAUUGCGACCAGACCACCGGUUGUGACAGAAACUUUUGUUAGUGAGGUUGACUCGGCAGCUAGUGGGGUUGACCCGGCAGCGGCCAGUGUAGGCAGGUCCCGUUUGGGAGGUAUUGCCAAGCAGUGUGGUGAAGCUGUAGAGUGGAAAUCAACCCGUCUGCAGGUUGCUGGGCCAUCUGCUUAGUAUGUGUAUUGUUGGUUGGUUGUGUUAAUGACUUGAAAAUAAUAAAAGAUACAUAAUUCAUAUUGUUAUUAUUAUUAUAAAUGUUGUCGAAUGCCUGUAAGGACUCGGCCCGUGAUCUAAUAUAUUAGUAAUGAGUAAUUUGGCGUGUUAUCUGUCUUGUA